CUUGGCCUUGUUGAACCUCAUGAGGUUCACAUGACCCCACCUCUCCAGCUUGUCCAGGUCCCUCUGGAUGCCAUCCUCAGGCAUGUCAGCCGCACCACUUGGCAAGUUUGCAGAUGACACCAAGCUGAGGGUGCACUUGAUCUCGCUGUGCACUCACUGGUGCUCUCUGUUCUCUGCAGUCAUGUUAAAUUAGGAAGAUAAUAGCUUUGCUUUGGAUGACUAGAGUGAAAGAGGCUGGGUAAUUUGUUUCAGUAGCCAGUACUGCUAUGAGUACAGGUGACGAUGCAAUGCUAUUGUGACACCUCUAUAGUGCAGGUUUUCUUUGGACUCUCUCAGGAACGCAGUCUCUUAUAAAAAUAUUAGUGCAGACAGGUUUCUCAAAAUUUAUCACUUCACUGCACAUUCUGUUCCCCUCCUCUGUUCGUAUAAUUGCUCACCCAGUGACACCAAUUACAAGAGUGGAAAGAGCAUCAAUCUGGAAAGCUGGGAAUGCCAAAAGCUUUUUUUUUUUUUUCUCCUCCUGUACUGUUGAAGCAAACUCUGCUAGGUCAUGUCCUGAGUAGGAGAGACAAGGCAGUGUUCAAUGUUGAAUAGUUGUCCCUAGUCUGGAAAUCCAGAAAUGCUGUGCAUGUCUCUUUUCAACUCUUUAAGGAAAGCAGGUGAGUUUGGUUUGGGGGUUUUUUAAGCAUGGCUCGAAGUGUCCCUGCAAAACCAGUCUCUGAACUGGAGAGAAACUGAAUUAUGUAUGUAAGUGCAGCUAUUUCUUAAUGUCAUGUUAACGCUCAGUUUGUGGGAACUCUUUGCUGCCUGUCUCCAGAAAAUAAUCCCCAUUUAUUAAAACAAGUCAAUGCUUUGCGAUUAAGUCACAGUCCACAGAGGUUCGUGCUGUGCUUGGCACUUACCCUUCCUCUCUGUCUCCCCCCAGCCCAUUCCUCUCUGCUGCUGUCAGGCUUGCUGCUGCUGUGGAAAUGGAGGAGUACGGAGUCGCACCAGGCCAGUGCGUGGCCAUCAUCUGGGACAGCUCCUCGCCAGUUGAAGCCCUGAAGGAUCUGGUGAAUAAAAUUCAGGCGCUGGUGGGAGCUGAUAAUCGCGUCUCUGUGGAAAACAUUAAUCAGCUGUCUCAGUCGGCUCACAAGGAGUCCAGUUUUGAUGUAAUACUCUCUGGUGUGGUACCAGGCAGUACAACACAGCACAGUGCGGAGGUCCUGGCGGAAAUAGCUCGGAUACUUAAGCCAGGGGGCCGUGUCCUCCUGAAGGAACUGGUGGUUACAGAAUCAGAGAACAACAGCACAAUCAAGACAGCAGCCAAACUCCCCACAGCUCUGACUCUCUCUGGGUUGGUGGAAGUGAAGGAGCUGCAAAAGGAAGCCUUGACCCCGGAAGAGGCCCAGUCAGUCCGAGCACAUUUGGGUUACCAAGGCAGUGACCUUCUCAUUGUUCAGAUAGAAGGCAGGAAGCCCAAUUUUGAAGUGGGAUCCUCAAGUCAGCUCAAACUUUCAUUUGCCAAGAAGCCUGGUCUUUCAGGAAAACCCUCUGUGGACCCAGCCACUGCCAAGCUGUGGACGCUCUCUGCCAAUGAUAUGAAUGAUGAAGAAAUGGAUCUUUUGGAUUCUGAUGAGCUGUUGGAUUCGGAGGAUUUGAAAAGGCCAGAUCCAUUGUCCCUCAGAGCUCCAUCCUGCAAAGAAAUGGGCAAAAAGAAAGCCUGCAAGAACUGCACAUGUGGCCUGGCUGAAGAGCUGGAACAGGAGAAGAGCAGCUCACAGCCCAAGUCUGCCUGUGGAAAUUGCUACCUGGGGGAUGCGUUCCGCUGUGCCAGCUGCCCUUACCUGGGCAUGCCUGCCUUCAAGCCUGGGGAGAAGAUUCUCCUGAAAGAGAACCAGCUGCAUGAUGCCUAACAGAGACAUCUCUGAUGUCCUGCAAAGGACUCCUCUGCUUUUCCAUCAGUCUGAGGUUCUUCCUGCAGUCCUCAUCCUCUCAAACCCACAUUCCCUGGCCAAUACUCCAUGUAGGGAGGGACGCUGUGGGCACUGACACUGCUGUGAGCUCAUCACUUGUAAUCAACCUUGGGCUACCUGAUAAUUUUUGGUGACAAGUGGUCUUGUAUGUAUUAGACUUCAUGUUAUGCCUUGGGUUAGCUGGCUUGACUUGACCCUGGGACGCUGGCCGUCACAGCACAUCCCACCAGCAGAGGGAAGUAGAACAAAGUGUCAGAUUGACCUCAUGUGCUUGUGGCAGGACUGGUACUGCCCCAUGCCCAUGUUGUACUGCUCUAAUUUGCCCUAAUUUUUUCCCCGAUGAAUCAGCAGCUCUGGCUCAGCUCUCAAGGUAACACCGGGCUCCUGCUCUCUUUGGAAUUGGAACCUGCAGUUCCUUACCAUGUGAAGGUGGCUCAGCAGCUCCUGUUGGCAGCCCGGAGCAGUGAGUACCCUUAGCAGUACAUACUCUCAGCAGCGUACGUGAACUUGGUGGUAAAGUCUGGCAGGCAUGAUGAGCUUCCAAGUGUUUUUGGAGCCUGCUGAUGAUAUCCCCUGCCUGUUUCUGUCAAAAUGACAAAGAUUCCGUCCCACUGAGAAAGCUCUUGCCCUUAAGGCAGUGAGCAGAUUAAACAAGAUCUGUCUUGUCCUUCCACGCUUUUCUGUCCUAUGUGAGCCCGCAACACAAGGGCAAUCUGAGCCUGUCACCUCUCUUGGUGGUUACCAAGUGAGUUACUUGCAGUGUCCAAUAAGUAAGAAUAUAGCAAUAAAUUACUUUCUAGAUGAUCUGUGGCCACCAUCUGCUCCCGCUCUGCGAGAUACUGACUACUCUUUAUUUAUUUGCAUAAUUACUACUAGUGAAGCAGAUGUGGGGUGAGGGAGCUGUUCAUGUUCUGUGCCAGGCUAGCUUCUCACCCAGGGAGGGGGAGGAGGAGAACCCAAAGCCAGUGUCUCAGUGAGGAUUGCUUUUUUUGGAGCUUUUGCUCUGUGGGAUGUGCCUGAUAGGCUCUCAGGGGGAGCUGGAGUGAAAGGCUGUUCUAUUCUUGAAAUAAAAGUGACCAAUAGUAAAGUGUUUGUUUUAA